AUGCCCUGUUGCCAUGCCAGGCCCAGGACGACGAGGAAUUCGUCAUCGAAACCUCAUGCCUCGCAGGAUCAAAAGACACGCCGUUUGCUCGAGCAUGAGGAAAUAGGCGAUCGUACGCCAUCCCAGUUCCUCCGACACCUUCGCGACCUGGCAGGUAACGUUGUUCCAGACGCUGUCCUGCGUCCACUCUGGCUCGGUCGGCUACCUGCGUCGAUGCAGGUUAUCCUGGCAACCCAGAACCAAGCCCAGCUUGAUAAGUUGGCACAGCUCGCCGAUGCCAUCGCAGAAGCAACGCCAAAGACCCGUGUUUCCGAGGUAUCUGCAAAUUUAUCACCUUUAGAAGCCAUGCUUCAGCAGCUCGCCCUUGUAACAACCAGAUUUGCCGAAGUGUCAGUGACGUCAGAAGUAGCAUCGGGCUCAAGAGAUCGUGGCCGGUCUCCGUCUCGCGGCUGUUUCCGCGAUCGCAGCAGAAGUCGAUCUCGUCGAAAUAAUAAAGACGGUGUUUGUUGGUAUCACGAAACGGGAGCAGACCUAUGCGUUUUUCCACGUGCACUAACACGCGGACGACGUCCCAAAACAUCGUACGAACUUUACGCGGCCAACGAUUCAACCAUCGCGACGUACAGUUUCGAAACACUCACGCUCAACCUCGGACUUCGCCGCGCUUACUCGUGGCGUUUUGUGAUCGCUGAUGUCACAAAACCGAUAAUCGGAGUCGAUUUCUUGCAUCAUUAUGGUUUAUUGAUUGACAUUCGGAGUCAAAAACCCGUGUCUGAGGGACCUCGACGAUUGGCUCCAGAUAAAUUGAAGCUGGCCAAACAGGAAUUCCAAACCAUGCAAGAGAUGAAAAUUGCUCGUACUUCGAAUAGCAACUGGUCUUCACCCUUGCAUAUGGUACCAAAAAAGGCAGGUGAAUGGCGACCUUGCGAAGAUUAUCGGAGACUCAACGCACGGACCAUCUCGGACAGGUACCCAGUACCCCACAUCGGAGAUUUCGCCCAAUCUCUACACGAAAAGAAGAUCUUCACAACAAUUGACCUUGUGAGAGCCUACAACCAAAUCCCAGUUGCUGAUGAGGACAUACAUAAAACAGCCAUCACCACACCGUUCGGAUUAUUUGAACUCCCGUACAUGUCGUUUGGCCUUCGAAACGCAGCGCAAACCUGCCAGCGUUUCGUGAAUGAAACCUACGGAGUUCUUAUCAAUCCAUCAAAAUGUAUCUGGGGAGAAUGCGCCGUUAAGUUUCUUGGAUACGAAGUUUCUAAGAACGGUGUUAGACCCCUUCCAGAGAAAGUGGAAGCUCCAUUGAACGACAUGCUACACGGUAACCUAAAAGGUAAUGCAGUGAUCACCUGGACUGAGGAAGCUGUCAAUGCCUUCAAAGAGUCCCGGAAAAGUAUUGCAGUAGCCGCUCAACUAGCUUUUCCAGCACCAGGAGCUCCUCUUGCCAUUUUUUCAGACGCUUCUGAUUUCGCUGUUGGAGCAGCACUGCAGCAACGAGUAAACAACGCAUGGGAACCUCUGGGUUUCCUUUCGAAUAAGUUGAGUACCGCGGAACGCAAGUACGGUGCCUACGACCGAGAAUUACUAGCCGUAUAUAAAUCUAUUAGAUACUUUAGACAUAUGGUAGAAGAUGCUCUUUCCAGAAUCGAAGAACUCUCAAUCGGAAUCGACUUUGCAGAACUUCCAAAAUUGCAAAAUGAGGACACAGAUAUUAAAACGUACCUUCAGCCGGAAUCGACCUUGCACCUAGAAAAAGUCCAACUACCAGGUACCAAAGUAGCCGUCUACUGUGAUGUUUCAACCCGCACAGCUAGACCUUUUCUCACAAAACCUUUUCGGCGGGUGGCGUUUAAUUCGUUGCAUCAAUUAUCGCACCCUGGAAUCAAGGCCACGGUAAGGAUGAUAACAGAACGCUAUGUGUGGCCGUCAAUUAAAGUCGACUGCCGGCAAUGGGCUCGCGCAUGCAUCCAAUGUCAAAAAGCCAAAGUUUCUCGACAUGUCUCAUCACCUGUGGGUUCGUUUACCUUUCCUUCCAAAAGGUUCGAACAUGUACACAUCGACCUCGUGGGGCCUUUACCUUCUUCAAGAGGAUAUAAGUACCGCCUCACCUGCAUCGAUCGUUUCUCACGGUGGCCCGAAGCAUUUCCAGUUGAUGACAUCCAAGCACCCACCAUCGCACGAACGCUUAUUGCUGGUUGGAUCGCAAGGUUUGGUACCCCUCUCCGAAUUACGACAGAUCAAGGUAAGCCGUUCGAAUCUCAACUAUUCAGUGAACUCAAUCACUUGCUUGGGACUCGAGAUCUUCGCACAACUACUUAUCAUCCAGCUUCCAAUAGAUUGGUUGAGCGUAUACAUCGACCUUUAAAAGCGGUAAUCCGCUGUCACCAGACUGCAGACUGGGUUGACAUGCUACCAGUAGUACUGCUAGGUUUCCGAGCAGCCUGGCGAGAAGAUUUGAAAGCCACAACUGCCGAACUACUGUAUGGGGGACCACUGCGCCUACCUGGUGAAUUUCUGGUUCCACGUUCAUCAAACGACUCAGGACCCACGCCAUCAGGUUACGCUAAAGAACUCCAAAGUUAUUUUCAACAACUAAGACCUAUUAGCGGAACACGUCAUGGACAGAAAGCAGUUUUCCUUUACAAGGACCUGGUUACGUGGACUCACGUCUUACGGCGCGUCGACACGACAUUCAAAAAGUCUCUUGAAGAUCCUUACGAAGGUCCCUAUCCUGUCGUUAGCCGAACAGACAAAACAUUUGUCAUCACAGUCGAUGGAAUAAAUAUCACAGUUAGUAUGGACCGCCUUAAGCCAGCUUACAUUAUAGCUGACUCGGAGGAACAACCACAUACUGCACGAGAGAUUCCAGCUUCGGACAAAACUGUAGAACCAGAGAAAGUUCCAGCAGUAUCACCACCUUCAAGCAAAACUUAG